AUAGACUGUUCCAGAAACCCAGUAACAGUAAGGUGAACACUGGAUCAGGCUGCAGAGAGCAUCCCCAGCAACAUGGGGGAUGAUAUCAGCUUGAAAUUCCGUCAGCAGCUUCUACUCAUUGAAGAAAACCUGGGUACCGAAGAUGUAGCAGCUUUAAAAUUUCUCUGCAUUGACCUGAUCCCCUUCAAAAAAUUGGAAAGUGUGCAGUCAGCACUGGACAUCUUUCAGUUUCUUAUGGCUGAAGAGUAUCUGAGUGAGGAGGAUACUUUCCUACUAGCUGAGCUCUUAUACAGAAUUAAAUGUCACUUCUUGCUCAAAAAACUUGGCUAUACCAAGGAGAGAGUGCAAGAAUAUCUGCCUGAGAAGGGAAGAGUGUCUUCAUACAGGCAGAUGCUGUAUGAAUUGGCAGAGAACGUUACCAGCGAGAUGUUAAAGGAAAUCAUAUUCCUCCUGAGGAACCAGCUACCAAAGCGACAGACAACUAUUUCUGCUCUGGAGUUGCUGAUUUUAUUGGAAAAACAGGGUCUUUUAACUGAAAAUAAUGUACAAGUGCUGGAGGAACUCUGUAUGAGUGUUUCACCUGAUCUCUUGGAAGCAAUAAGCAGCUAUAAAAGGGAAAAAGUGUCUCUACCGCAGCAAGAGAACACUCUGCCAGUCAAGGAAUCUGUGCUGCCUCACACUGGAGAUACCAGACUGUUCACUUCCCCACAGGAGACCUCUGUCAAAGCUGUCAGUUCUAAUAUUAAUGAUCAUUAUGGUGGAGAGCCUGGGAGCCUAUGGGAGCAUGUUGGGAAUGUGCGCCCCAUACCUAUCAGACCAGGUGACAAAGCAGCUAAUGUUAUACAAGGCGUCUCUGAAAUGAACUUGGAGCUGCGUGCAAAGUUCAUCAAUGCAGAGAAUGAAUCCAAGAAUUUGACAAGCUACAAAAUGGAUGGACCACAGAGAGGAUUUUGUCUUGUUAUUAAUAAUGUUAAAUUUGAUGGGGAUCUUCAGGAGAGAAAGGGUUCUUGCAAAGAUGCUGAGGAACUGAAUCAAGUAUUCACGUGGCUUGGUCUUGACGUGACGAUUCACAGAGAUCUAACAUCUGAGCAAAUUAAAGAUCUCAUGCAGGCUUGGCAGAAUUUGGAAGAUCACAAAGACAGGGACUGUUUUAUUUGCUGUAUUCUAUCUCAUGGAGAGUCAGGAGCAAUCUAUGGGACAGAUGGGGAGCGUGUAUCAAUCCGCACGAUCAUGUCCUACUUCACUGCCCAACAAUGUCCAGCGCUUGCUGAAAAGCCCAAACUCUUUUUUAUUCAGGCAUGUCAAGGUAAAGAGAUACAGCGUGCUGUCUGUGUUGAACCUGAUGCACAAAUUCCUGACUUGUCUUCUAUGCAACAGAGAAUUUCUCCUUCUGAAAGUAUUCCUGAAGAAGCUGAUUUCCUCCUAGGCAUGGCCACAACCGACGGCUACGCCUCUUUCCGGCAUGUUCAACAGGGGACUUGGUAUAUUCAGGCCCUGUGCAGUAAGCUACAGCUGUUAGUACCCAGGGGUGAAGAUAUUUUGUCCAUUCUUACAGAAGUUAAUGACGAUGUGAGCAGGCGUGCUGACAGCUUGGGAACAAAGAAGCAGAUGCCCCAGCCAGCUUAUACCUUAAGAAGAAAAUUUAUAUUCCCGGUGCCUAGAGACCCUCCUCCCUCACAGCAACACUGAGGCUUUCUGAAUACAUCCUUUC